AUGGUACAUUUGAGUGAAAAUGGGUGUCAUAUAAGGAGCACAGGAAGUACAGAAGAGUCCAAGAUAACCACUUCACUGUUAACUGAAGAAAAAUGUCAUGAAAUUGUCCAUUCUGGAAGAACCCCUGUCUGUCUUCUCUAUGGAGAAAAAAAUACUGUUGUGAAUUUUGAGUCACAUUCAAACUCUUUGUUGAAAUUGAAGGAAAAGGUCAGAUCAGAGUUUGGAAUUCCAAUCAGAUUACAGUUAAUGCUCUACAAAGGAAAAACUGUGAACCAACUAAGUUCAAUCAAUUUUGAGCCAUUCGAUAACAUUCAUGUCUUGGUUAAGGGUAAAGGAGGAAUGCAAGAAUCCUCAACUGAGAUAGCUCCAGAUAGUUCAGAGACAGAUGUUGAGGAGUGGUUAAAGAAUGAAGUAGGAUUAAAUGACGAUCUUUUGAAGGAGUUUAGUAUUCUAUCCCUUUUGGAUGGGCAAACAUUAUUUUCUUAUGACAAAAGCUGCAUAGACUCCUUCCUUUUAGACACAGGAUUACCAGUUGGACUGGCAAGGAAAAUCCUAGGCUUUAGAGACAAAAUCUAUAAAGGAAUUUCAAAUCAAUUGCUUAAUUUCACAGCACUGCAAAUAUCGGAAUUUUUAAAAGGAGUUUUUCGUUUUAAAGAUGACAGCAUUGAUAAACUUUGUCAGUGUGCAGUUGAUAGACAUGUUGACGGACAUGCAUUUUACAGCUAUGAAGAUGAGAAACAAAUACAACAUGACUUCCAAGAUUUGAAUUUAAAGGGAUUAUAUUUCAAAAAGAUAUUUCUAAAGCGCAAUGAAACAUUUAAAAUUGGACAUGAUCCAGUAAAAUCCCCGGAGUCUACAACCUCUUUGUCUGAAAAUGUUGCAACAGGAAAUUCUUUGCAAUCGAUCCCAAUUCAGGAAGAACACGAUAGUGAAGUUAUUGAUUACCCAGUUCAAGAAGCAUUUUCUGAAAGUUCCUUUGAGAAUGAUUAUGAAUAUGCCUUGUGCAGAUUGCUUCAAUUAAAUAAAUUACAAAGAGAUGAUUGUGAACCAUGCCAACUGAGUAUUCUUCAUGGAGGAUGGACAAACAUGAACGAAUUAGAGAAAAAUUUUAUCUUCUUUAUCCUAAGUUGUGAAGAUGAAUGCAAAGAAAAACAGCAGCAGAAUGGACUAUGGAAACAAAUUAGCAAGCAUAUGGACCAAUGGCUUGUUCAUCUUCCGCCAAUGACAAGAGAUAUGUUUACAGAGAGUCGACAGUCAGGUGUUUAUUUGUAUAACAGGAAAAAAAGUGUACAACUUUCGAACCAGUGUAAAUUAGCAUUUGUCAUGGAUAAGGAACUUGCUACAAUUCUCAAAUUUAAGGUUGCAAUACUUUUGAUAAGCAAAACACUUUUGCAAAAACCUUAUGUAGGAGGAUAUGUGACAAGAUUGUCAAGAAACCCUAAAAUACCAGAACAUUUUCAGUUUUCUUUUAAUUCUUUAAAGGAAUACUAUCUUUUUAAUCCAGAAGACUACUCAGAGGGAUUUUGUAAGGAAACAAUACCAGCAACAUAUUGUGGACAGCAAACACCAAUUAACUUAAGUACUAGUAAUUUUGUUGACACAAGGGAUAUGGAAAGACCAGUUAAUAUUAGUAAUACAGUCGAACAAGUGCCAGAUACUAGUACAUCUGCUACAUGUACAAAAGAAAAUCUGGAUCACCAAGAACCAAAAGCUUGUGAAAAAAGCAUUCAGAAACUAGAAGAAAAACCGAGAAUGUCAUCUAAAGAUAUUUCAGUACAUGAGAGGAGUAUAAAUGGGAAAGGAAAGCCAAUUGAGACUCAGAUACCAAGAGAUUUUAAAAAAAGUUCCGACUAUGUAAUGUACUCUGCAGGAAAAAUAUUCUCCCAACCAGAAAAUGAUGGAACACUAUCAACAAGGUGUUUAGAAUUCAAGUCAUUUUUCAAUUGUGUAAAUAAGGCAAAAGAAAGUAGACUAAUAAAAUUUCAGCUAGAGGUAUUAAGAUUUGCCUGUGGUUGUCUCAAUGCACGUAAAAAUGGAACUAUUUAUUUCGGGGUGGCAGAUUCUGUGGCUAGCACUGACAAUGAAACACAUAAACACGGUGAGAUUGUAGGUUUUGAAAUAAGUGAAAUCGAUUUUGAUAGCAGAACAAAAUAUACAGAUGCAUUGCGUGAAGGAAUAUCAAGAUGUUUUUUCAAUGAAAUAGUGAACAUUGUUCAGAAAUGUAUAUCCAAUCCAAUAUUUGUGAAAGUCGUUAUUCCUGGUGAAAACAUUUGCCGAUAUGUAAUGGAGGUAGAUGUAGAACCUUCAUCUGCUAGGUGCAAAGAACACCAUUUUAAAGUAAAUUUGAAAAACAUUAAACAUUUGUCAAAUAAAUCUGUGGAAAAUAAACCCCUACUGUAUGUGCGAAAAGGUUCUUCUACUACUCACCUUAUAAAUGAACGAGAAGAACUUUUUAUAAAAGCAGAGCUGUUAGAAAAUGUGAAAGAAAGACAACUAUGUGAUAAUGAAAGAAAGGUUAAACUUUCACCGAAAAGGGAAGAAUUGGCUACAAAAUUAGAGCGUCUUCUCACAAGAGGUUUAUACAGAUUUGAUAAACGACUAUGGCCAGUUCUUGUGCUCAGUAAACCUACAGAUCAGCAAAAAUUGAAUGACCAAUGGGCAGAAAGCAUGUCUUUUAUAAAACGAAUGCAGUUCACUGCUGUUUUUGAUUUUGACGAUUUUUCCAAUACAAAUGGUUUGUGUCACUUGUAUCGAAACACAGAGAGGUCUUAUCUACAAACAGAACGUUUGUUCCAUGAUAACGCUGGGAACUUUCAAGAAUUGGCAAAUAAACUAGGUCUUCCGUAUGAUGUGAAAACAGUAUGGAUAUUUGCUAAUGGACGAAGUGAUUAUUUUGAAGAUAAGCCACAUCAUGACAGAUCUGGUUGGCAUGUGUCUUAUUCAGCAGGUGUUUGUGAUGCCGUCUCUUUUUUCAAUCAAAAUUUUGUGAUUCCCAAAGGAAGAGCAGUUAUAUUAGUUCUUCUUUUUUCAAGUGACUACUCUGGAUUAAUAGACACAUUUAAUGAAAUAACAAGAAACUUCGGAUGGGAACCACUUGUAAUCAUUGCAGAAAACCAAAGAGUAUUUGACGAUUUUGCUGAAACUAUACAACAGGAAUGCAAAGGGGAGAGGGAACAAUUAGAGAAUGUGUCAGUAGUAGGGAUGCCGUGGGAACAUGUGAAAAGUACCAUCACAGCAUUGACGGGUUAUGAUGAAAAAAUGAAUUGCUUUUUGCCAUCUUCAUCUGGUGCGCUUGUUCACGUUGACGAAAGAUUUAUAGAUGCCUUAGAUGAUUUAAGUAUUUUGAGCGCAAAUCAAUGUGAAAGUAAAGAAUUCAAGAACCAUAAAGUUCGAAAACAGUUUGCUGGAGAACAAGAAUUACAGUUUUACAAAGGCAAGCAUGUUACAUGGUGGAAUUUCUUUUUUGAAAACCAUGUCUGUGAAAGAUAUAAAUUCCGCAACUUACAAGAGAGAGCUCAAUCUCUGUUACUUUUUGCCAAAGAAGAAACACGGAAAAUAGUAACACUUACUAUUGCACAUGAACCGGGAGCUGGAGCUACAACUCUUGGACAUCAACUUUUAUGGAAUUUCCGACGGAAGUACCGAUGUUGUGUGAUUCAGAAAAUAUCAGAAUUGACUAUCUCUCAUAUUCUUUCACUUUGGCAAUAUAAGGAAUGUGACGAAAAUGAAUCACAACCAGGACCAGUUAUCCUAUUGUUAGAUGAUAUUGUUCAAACAGAACUUUCUUUAACUGAAUUUACAAGGCAAUUGAAUAUUGAAUUCAGGAAAAAAACUUUGAGUGAAGGAAUGGAUUGUCUAUUAAUAAUGUGUCAAAGGGAGGAGAAAUUAAAUUUUUGUGAAUAUCAAAGUCAGAACAUAUUCUACCUUAAACAGGAACUUAGCAAAAGCGAGAAGACAUGGUUCACAGACAAAUUUGACGAGUUAGAGAGAACAGGGAAAGAGUUAGAAUUGGAAGAAUAUAAACCUCAACAUUUAAUAUCAUUUAUGAUUAUGCGCUCAGAGUUCAACCAAGAAUAUAUCAAAACAACCAUUCAGCUUUUGAUAUGUGACAUUGACACAACAUCAAAUGAAUACAAAUUAAUGAAGUAUGUGUCCCUUCUUGCUACAUACUCAUCAUUUACAAGACGUGGGGUAAAGGUUUUUGUUCCACUCGAAUGCUGUGAUGAGUUAAUGGGAAGCAAGCCAGGAUUCUGGGAAGAUCGUUUAUCAAGUCCUCUACGAGUUUUACUUGUAAUCGAGGAAAAGGAAGAUGCAAGUGGGCGACAAGUUCGAACAGCGCAUCCAAGUCUUGGAAAAGUACUCCUAAAGGAAAUAAUGAAACGUGAAGAAACGCAACUGACUGACAUUGCAGAAGAAUAUCUUAACUGCUCGCUUUUACAAAGUAAUUCAUAUGGAAAAAAACUUCUCGUUGAUUUCACUUUAGACAUGCUUAAGCGUCGGAAAAAAGAAGAAUAUGAUGACGAGAAGACGACACAAUUUAGUCCUUUGAUUGAAGAUAUAAUUAGUGGAUCGGAAGAUAACUAUGGAAAAGCUGCAGAAAUAUUACAGCUUGGAUUUUACAAAUUUCAGGAUUAUAUGUUACCCCAGGCCUUAGCUCGACUGUAUUUGAAAUGGAAGAAAUACGAUGAGGCGAUAAAAUGGGCUAAAGAAGCUGUUGACUUAUCAUCGAAACAAUCACUCUCAUAUAUUCUUCACACAUACGGCCUUGCAUUGCGAGAAAAAUUUAGAUAUCUUACAAAGGAUAAAUUUUUUCAACCGAAAGACGCAUGUGAACAUUUGGACUUGAUUUUAAAUUCUUUGGAGGUUUUUCUUCGCGCCCAGAGGGAACGGGACGAUGAAACAAACACACAGAAGUUACUUUAUCCCUUUCACGAUGCUAUUUACACCAUUAAUGAAAUAACAAAUUUUUUAACGGUAAACAUCAACUGCACUAUGGAUAGGAAAGAUAUUGUACACUACCUAAAAAAUACAGAAUUUAUUCCAGAUGAAAUUUCUUUCGUAUGGAAGAGUUUUCAUCAUCGACUGAAAUUAAUGAGGGAGCAGGGACACAGUGCUUUUAAGGUUUUAGAGGACAAUGUUUGUUUCAACACCACUUUUUAUGCACCCGAAGAAGCUUUUAGAAACACAAAUAAAUUGAAGGAGCACAGAUUUUAUCGAAGUUUUCACUAUGGGCAUGAAAGAAUGUUAGAAAGAUUUUCUCAAAUUUAUGGUGAAUCCGAUCCUGAUACUCAGGUUGAGGGUGUGAAUCAAGCAAGCAGAGAUGCAUAUCACAGAGGAAGAUUAUGGACCCUGAAAGGAAACUCAUAUAUGAAUAUUUUCAACCAUAUGAAAAAUAGUGGAAACAAGCUAGGACCUAAGCAAAUUCAGGAGAAUUUAAAUAGAAUUAAAGAACAUAUCAUGGCAAUUCAGUCAAAGGAUUCAAAUGAUCUUGCUAACCAAGUUUGUGUAAAUGUUGCUCUUGGGAUUAUGGGAAGUCCAAAUCGUGAUUCGGAAAGGGAUAUACUUCAAACCUGUCAAAAAAUAAUAUCUGUUGGCUUAGAAAAGGUGGAUUUAGCAUAUUUAUUUAUCAGUAUGUUAUUAUGGCCUUGUGAGAAACCAAAGAGUUUUUAUGACGAUUCACUGUUACAAAAGUCACUUUCCUAUUUAAAGAGGAAUUACAAACAAGAGAAGUACAAACCAAAUGUACAGAAAUUGUCUCAUUUCAUGAAAGAAGAACGGAAUAUCUCGCAACCAACACCGCAGUUUUUUCUUGCAAAAGGAAAAGGAUUGAAGUCUCUAUGUCAUCGAUGGGAAAUGCCCGUGUUUGUUCGAGAAAACCCCGACUCCCAGUUUGAUAACUCUUUAUGGGACCACUUUAAAACUAAAGAAAAGCUCCACCGUUUAUAUGGGACAACCACAUUUAGUAGUGAUGGCACAAGUCCGUACAUUGUUUUCGAAAAUAAACACGGAGAACCAAUAAGAAUAAGUAAAAUCAGAGGCACCAAGAAAGGAUUUGUGUCUGAGGAGAAAGUUUCGUUUUAUUUAGGAUUUAGCAUUGCUGGACCAAUUGCAUAUAAUGUCAAGCCAGCAAGGUAUGAAAGGCAAUUACCUGAAACUUAUAGUCGAAUAGAAUUCUUUUCAUCCUCAAAAAUAGAAGAUUACAUGAAGAAAAGUACAGACGAGCUAAGGAGAAUCCUUUUAAAGAUCAAAGGAUUAGAACAGAAAAUACCAGACUACUUAAAAGAACGUGAUAAGCAGUUAAUAAGAGAUAAAGACGAUAUCAAAGAAGCAUUAGAUCGACUUGAAAUAAUUAAUGGAGAAACAGAUCUUUCAUUAUUAGCUGAGUAAGACUGUACCCAGACGAGUCAAAUGUUAUUGAGGAAAGAGAAAGAUAGGCUGUGUGUGUGUCAGGGGGUUAGAUAAUUCAAAAUAUGUUACAGAUAUGAUUAUCAUUUUGAUUUUUUUUUCUCAUAACUAAGUCAUUUUAAAAUUGUUACCCUUUUCCAGUGCUUGUUUUCCAAGGACUUCUUGAACGUGUACAGGUAUACUCAUUUGUUCUUUUGUAAGGGGUGUUAAGAAAGUUCGUUCCAUAAUGCAAUAUUUUAAAAAUUUCAAAGUAGUGCUUCACUUAAGAGAUUGAUUUCCAUGCAUAAUAAAAUCAGUUCUUUCACGAGUGUGCUUUAGAUUUAUAGCAAUUCAUGUCUAGCAUGAAGUUAUGGGGUUUUUCUUUCAUAUGAAAUUACAUGUAUAUGUGGCAUCUGUAAAGCACCUGUAUGAUAGAAAUGCUGGUCAUUUUUAGUGAAAAUUAAGGAUAAUUUACAUUUGUUUUUUCAUAUCUUAUCUUCCAUCAGACAAGCUGAUGAGCGUAGGUAUAAGAACGAUAGACAACUUUUCAAAAGAAUAGGUUUGUCCUUUUGAAAUUUUUCACCGACUUGAAAAUAAUUGCAUUGUAUUUGAAAGGAUGUUUUGACCUGUGUGCUUAUUACAUGUCGCACAUAUACGUCAUCCCUAAUUUUUCUGAACAGACAUCAUCUGUUUUAAUACCUGACUUCCCCUUAUUAUUGAUUCAACAAAAGACAGUUAAAACCUUAUCAGGAGCAAGAAUUUACUCUGUAAACAUGAAAUAUCACAAAUUUGAAUUAUCUUCUCGACCUAUUUUUUUUUUUUUCAAAAAUAAAAGAAAAUGUGGAAUGAACUUUCUUAACACCCUUUAUUA